AUGGACGGCCUGGGAGGGCCUGGCGCCGCAAUCUAUGCCUACGCCCUCCUCGGAAUAUUGUCAUCCAUGGUCCUGCACAAUAUAGCUACGAUGUUACGUGUAUGGCCAGUUGCGGGAGCACUUUUUCUUUAUGUCAAACACUUCCUGGAUGAAGAGAUUGGUAUUGUGAUUACUGUCGUCUAUUGGUUGACUUAUUGCUUCUCCGCUGCGGCACUGGCAUCAACUGUGGCCGAUACUUUGGCUAUUUUCAAUCUGUCGAAUGGACCUACGGCGGCGAUUAUGAUAGUUGCUAUUGCAAUUCCGAUUGCGCUGAAUUCUCUGAGUUUGAAUCAAUUCCGAAACAUCGAGAUCGGCUUAGGUACAUAUAAGAUUGUUGUUGCGCUUGUGGUCAUUCUAGCUAUGAAUGUUAUUAAUUCAGAGCAAAGUUGGAGUAACAAUGAAAUACCAAAAUCCGACACACAUAAUAUAAGGGAGAAUCAUCUUCAAGAACGAGAAAGCCUCUUCCUCGGCGGUCGUCCUCAUCAAGCAGCUGGAUGGUUCGGUGGUUUCAUGUCUUCAAUUUUCCUAGGAUCAUUUUCCCUUGUGGGCAUCGAGGUUGUCGCGGUUGCUGCCCAGGAGACCGUGGUGUAUCAACGGCGAACAUCCGAAUUGACAUCUCAGACACGUUGGACGAUAACAGAUCAAUUCUCGUGGCCUGCAAGAUGGGUCCCAAUCGUUAUUUCCGUACUAUACAUAUGGGGUACUUGGUCAGUCGCAGCGAACAUUCCAUCUGAUGAUCUACUGCAGUUCUAUCCCACCGGCAACCUGACUGGAUCUGCACUCGGUCCAUGUCAAGCCUCAAUAUUUAUCGAUGCGUCUUGUCAAAUCGGCAAUGGACAUGGGAUGGCCAAAGCAUUGACCAUCCUACUCAUGAUCAGUUUAACCUUUACCGCAACCUCUGCGGUCUAUGCUUCCUCAAGAACGUUAUAUGGUUUUGCUAGUGACAUGAUACAGAGUAGACAGGUUCAAGAGGGAUCAUUUCUCGGCAAGAUCUUCGACUUUUGCGCCAGGACCAACAAAUACAACGUUCCGCAAAAUGCAGUAUUUGUCUCUGCUUGGCUGAUUUGGGUGCCUUUUCUCAAGUUCACAAAUGCCGAAACCUUCGCUCAGGUGACCAGUCUGUUUACAGAUAUGGGAUCCGUUUGCUGCAUUCUGGUGUGGGCAUGUGAAAGCUUUGCAGCAGCGAGACUUUAUUACAGUUACAAACGACACAGAACACAAGUAGAACUCGUGGGGGAUGCCGCUGGCAGCGCGCCAAUGCAGAGAUAUCUUCAUGUAGAAGACAAAGGCUGGUAUAUCCGCAAUAUGCUCCUAUCAGUAUCUGCUGGUAUUUUGUCUCUUCUCGUCGUUGUUCUCGGUGGGAUCAUGUAUGUCUUGGAGACUAAAACUGCUCUUCAAGGCGCAGCCUCGUUUGGAGUGUUGUGCUUCUUUUUGGCAUUGUAUGCUAUUCUGAAGCUGAAUAGGGGUUUGAGAAGGGACGGCGUACUCCACGUCUGGAAAUUGAAUCCUCUGGACAAAUCCUCAGACUUUCAGUCCAGACUGGACAGUUUGAACAGAGCUCGAGCCCGAGCCGGAGUUCUAGUUCAGCCAAGCAGCCAUGAUCCAGGAGUCAACCCAUGA